CAGUCUGCCCUCGUGUUGUUGCUUAUACUGCCUACUACGGGAUACUCGUGAUUGGUUCAUCCCGUCCCUCUCCUCCCUCCCUCCCGCGUGACUGUAUGUAAAUCCGGUCGGGACUCAGCCAGUAGGUGAGGUUGGGGCUGGCGGCUCCUGCCUCGGUGGCGCACACGAGACCCGAGAGCGGCCGAGGUGAGAUCGCUGCACUGUCGGAGCUGUCCACUGCGCCGUAGUGCUGAACUCCACAGUCCCUCUGCUCUUCUUCCUCCGUCCUGCUCUGUCGGCUCUGCUGCACAUUGGAGAUAUUUCGGGAAAGGAUUAACAACCUCCCCUUUGGCAGUUUAUAGGUGCAAACUUCUCCCGAGGGCAUCUCACUCUCUUUCGCUCUCGCUCUCUCUACACACACACACACACACAUCGGGAAUUACACUAAUCGUGAAUUUGACCGCAGCUCGAGAUUAUCACUAAUAAUAGUUUGUUGAGAAGUGUUGCUUCCUUCCGUUUGCCACUAAUCUCGCUUGGAUUAUCUUUCUGGAUGGUGUACGUCUGGACGCACAGGAAAAGACCAAUGAAGACAGCCGGAUGGUGGUCGGCGGCAAUUUUACUGUUGGGCCUCGCUGUGCUCGGCGCAGACGGGAGACCCAACAAGGAGGGACUCAGGUCGCCGCUCUAUCGACCAGUCGUGAGAUUCCGACACAAGGAUGGGAUCCCUGAUAGCUUGAGGAUAAAGGCUUUUAUGGGACACAAUGGCUAUCCAAGUCCAUGUGAACACAAGUACUGUGGCUUGGGGCGUCACUGUGUGGCCAACCACGAGACUGGCCAAGGGGAGUGUAAGUGCUUGGAUCACUGUAAGCCGCACUAUAAACCCGUGUGUGGUUCAGAUGGGAAGCUGUACCAAAACCAUUGUGAGCUCCACCGGGCCUCCUGUCUCAAAGGACACAAGAUUACCAUCAUGCACAGUGAGGAGUGCUUCUACAAAGAUGAUAACUGCAGACUGACUGACUACCGACGGCUGAAAACCAAGAUUUUGGAUUUGCAUGACAAACCAUACAUGGGGUCUAACAUCCACGGGGCCCACAAGGAUAACAUGGCUGUCAGGAAGCAACUGGUUGAUAUGAUGUUCGGGCGCUUUGAUGCAGAUAACAACGGUCAAAUAGAUGCCAGCGAGCUCUCACAGGUCAUCAAGCAAGAAGGUCUGUCCAAGGAUAUCUCCGAGUGCACACUGUUUGACCUGCUGAAGUACAACGACGUCGAUGACGACGAGCACCUGACAAAAGACGAGUUUUACACAGCCUUGGAUGUGUACCUGCUCACUCUCCCAGAUGACCAGAAAGUAAGCGUCACCACGGUCACCGUCGGCCAGAGCGUCGUGUUGACGUGUGCCAUCACAGGGGAGCGGAGGCCUCCUAUACUGUGGAAGAGAAACGAUCACUAUCUGAACUCCUUGAACCUGGAAGACAUCAACAUCCCGUCCCAGGACUUUGGAGAUGAUGGCUCACUGUACAUCACCAAGGUGACCACAACCCACAUGGGAAACUACACUUGUCAGGCUGAUGGCUACGAGAAACUUUUUCAGACCCACACUCUUCAAGUGAAUGUUCCUCCCGUCAUCCGAGUUUACCCAGAGAGCCAAGCCAGGGAGCCGGGCGUCACUGCCAGCCUGCGCUGCCAUGCUGAGGGCAUCCCCAGCCCCCAGCUGGCCUGGCUGAAGAACGGCAUGGACAUCACAACCAAGCUGUCCAAACAGCUCACCCUGCAAGCUAAUGGAAGCGAGGUGCACAUCAGUAAUGUGCACUUUGAAGACACCGGCGCCUAUACUUGCAUCGCCAAAAAUGAUGCCGGUGUAGAUGAGGACAUCUCUUCGCUAUUUGUGGAAGACUCCGCGCGCAAAACUUUGGCAAACAUUUUGUGGCGGGAAGAAGGUCUCGGCAUUGGCAACAUGUUCUACGUGUUUUAUGAAGACGGUAUUAAAGUCAUUCAGCCUGUGGCAUGUGAGAUACAGAGACACAUUAAGCCCAGCGAGAAGCUGCUGGCUCUGCAGGAGGAGGUGUGCCCCACCUCACCAGGAGAAGAGGUUCAGAGGUGUGUGUGGUCAUCAGCGGUCAACAUCAAGGACAAGUUUAUUUAUGUGACACAGCCAACCUUGGAUCGAGUGCUCAUAGUUGACAUCCAGUCUCAGAAGGCUGUCCAGACUGUCAGCACCGACCCUUAUCCUGUGAAGCUUCACUAUGACAAAUCUCACGACCAGGUGUGGCUGCUCAGCUGGGGAGACAUGGAGAAGAACCUCCCUACGCUCCAGGUGAUCAAUCAGGCCAGUGGACGAAUCUCCCACCAUACCGUUCACACACAGCCGAUCGGAAGACGCUUCGACAGGGUGGACGACUUCUACAUUCCCGCCUCCAGCCUCAUCAUUAACCACAUCAGAUUUGGCAUCAUCCUUCACCGAAAUGAGCCUGUCCUCCACAAGAUUGACCUGGAGACGACAUCGUAUGUGAAAAACAUCAGCUUACGGGAGUAUAACUGCAUCCCCAAGUCUGUAACCUACACCCAUCUAGGCGGCUACUACUUUGUCAACUGCAGGCCUGACUCCACUGGCACCACGCAGCCACAGCUCAUCCUGGACAGUGUAACACAUAGUGUGAUCGGCCAAAACCGUGACGUCACCGGCACUCCAUACGUGUCUCCAGACGGCCACUACUUGGUCACAGUUGACGAUGGCGACGGCCUGAUGAGGAUCCAGAUGAUUUCAGAGCGGGGAGAAAUCCAGGAGCCCUUUGACAUCCACACUAACCUCCACCUGUCUGAUGUGGCCUUCCAGCGCUCCUUCACCGAGGUCCACCAGUAUAACGUGUUCGGCAGCUCCGGCCGUCAAACAGACGCUCUGUUUGUGGAGCUGCGCACCGGCAAAGUGAAGAUGAUCAAGAGCUUGAAAGAGGCCACCAAGUCAUUUGAGUGGCCAUGGAGCAGUAGGAACAGGGUAAUGACGGGCAGCGGACUGUUCGGACAGUACCUCAUGACCCCGUCCAGAGAGUCCCUCUUCAUCCUGGACGGAAGGCUCAACAAGCUCAAUUGUGAGAUUACUGAUGUUCUCAAAGGCAACGUGGUGGUGUGGGUUGGGGAGUCUUAGGUUGUAACAUCCAGACCCUAUGAGCUUUCAUUUCCUCAAGAGUACUGUUGCACUGAAUUCUGUUGCAAAGUUUUUAAUUUUGUGGGAACGUGAUAAUGAAUA